CUUUUAUUUUCAAUUUCUAACAUUCUUUGUAGGAUUUAAUCAUGUCAAGCAGUGAUGACAAAUCAACCACUAGAAAACACCAUGUGGAUGAGUCCUUCAUGCUCAAAGUAAUGCAACAACAAGUUCAGAGGCUGGACAUCAUGUUUGGUGAGAUUAAAGACAAAAUGGAGAAGCAAGAUGCAGCCAUAGCCAAAGGGGGUCAAAGAAGUAAGUUUAACCGAGGAGAGCAAAAUCUUAUGAGGUGGGGAGAUCGCCCAGAUCGUGACUUAGGUAGCAUCAAGAUGAAGAUUCCUCCGUUUCAAGGCAAAAAAGAUCUAGAUGUGUAUGAGGAAUGGGAAAAGAAGGUGAAAUUGCUGUUUGAUUGCCAUAACUAUUCUGAGGAGAAAAAGGUGAAACAGGCAGCAGUGGAAUUUACUAAUUACGCUGUGGGCCUUACUCAAGGGUGCAAAAGCGUUGAGGAUUAUCACAAAGAGAUGGAAAUCGCAAUGGUUAGAACGAAUGUGGAAGGGGACAGAAAAGCAACUAUGGCACGGGUUCUGCAUGGGUUAAAUUGUGACACAGCUAAUGUGGUGAAGCUACAACAUUAUGUGGAAUUAGAAGAUAUGGUGCAUAUGGCGAUGAAAGUAGAACGACAACUCAAGCGUAAAGGAGCCACCACCAAAACUAGGCAAAAUUCAGAGAAGAUGGAACAAAUUGAAAUCGAGGGUGAAUCUGGUGAUGAAUCUAUGCCACCAUUAGAAGGUGCUGUUGAUGAUGUGGAAUAUGCCGUUGAUGGAGAACUGCUUGUCAUCAGGUGAGCUUUGAAUGUGAAAGCCAAAAAAGAUGAUGAAGUGCAAUGUGACAAUCUAUUUCACACAAGGUGCCAUAUCAAAAACAAGGUAUGUAAUGUGAUUGUUGAUGGUGGUAGUUAUACUAAUGUAGCUAGCAUUGUUUUAGUUGAAAAGCUUAAUUUUGCUAUGACAAAGCAUCCAAGGCCAUAUAAGCUGCAAUAGUUAAACGAUUGUGGAGAAAUUAAGGUAAAUAAGCAAGUUCUGGUUUC